CUCUCAUUCACACAUUCAUACAGAUACACACACUCUUCAGGAGCCUUCAUAAAACACCUUUGUCCCACGCUGCUGAGUCAGUAGCAGAAAAAACUCAUCCGUUUGUGCACCUGGCUUCUAGAGAAGCCACUGACCAUUCCACAAGAUGGUGGCGUAUGGCCUUGACUACACAAGGUGCAGAUGGAUCUUGCCUCUGAUGUUAGGCAUAGCGGUCAUCUUUGGCCUUAUUGCGCUGGCCGGCAAGGGCUGGCUGGAGUCGGAGACGUUGCCCUAUCAGCAUCAAGCCUCGUUAUGGGAAAGCUGUACAAAGAUGGACAAUGAGCCUGAAUGGACAUGCAACUCCCUGAUGGACUAUGCCUGGGGGAGAGCUGCUGCUGCCACAUUCCUUGUUGGCUAUAUCAUUUUGGUCAUUUGUUUUGCCCUGGCCAUCAUAGCAUUCUCCAUUGAUACACUUCGGUUCAACUUCGUACGAGGAAUUGGAGGCUUGCUCUUUGUUGCUGCUGUGUUCUCGAUCAUGGCCCUGGUCAUUUAUCCAGUGAAGUACACAAAUGAAAUUGACAUGGAAGGAGUCAAUAUGUUCAGCUGGGCCUAUGGCUUUGCUUGGACCACCACCAUUAUGGAAAUAGGCCUGGGGUUCUUCUUCUGCUGCCUCCCGAAUUACGAAGAUGAGAUCCUGGGCAACGUCAAGCCCACAUAUUUUUAUACUUCCCCAUAAAUACUAGAAACAACAGGAGAGGUGCCUUACUGUUGUUUUGAUAUUUAGAUUCCAGAGAUACAUACAGACUAUCUUAUUUUUACAGAGUAUUAUAACCAGGAAUUAGUAGAAAGGCUUGGAAACUUUUUUAUGCAAGUAGAAAUAUAGUGUUGGAGUUAUAGAAUAGAAGAUCUAAAUUGUUCUGAAUUUUCCUCUUUGAUGUGGGUUUGUUAGGGUUAAUUAUUCUAUCAUUUUGUAUUGCUCCAUUACUUCCCACUAGUAGGGGGGUGGGGUGGGUCUGGUAUUGGUGUUUCAAGCAUUUGUGUUUUUAUUUAAGUUCAAACAAGCCUUUUAAUUAAUCAGGGAAUCAGUUAUGGGGCCAGACAACACAAACCCUGGUUCCCUGAGGCCAAGCAGCUCAGGAAAACCAGAUACCAUGAUAUGUGGUAUAGUUUAACCUGAAAACUGAUAUUUGGUUGCUUACAAAACCUGCCUACCCACUUUGUGCCACCAUUGCCAAUAAUUCAGUCACCACUUUGUAACUUUGUUUCCUCUUUUAUUCAUAAAAAAUAUAGCACUUAGAGUCAGAGACAAGAUAGAGAAAACUACUUCCUUGUUUUUAACAGGCCAUUUUCAUUUCUCUCAAUGCUUUUGUUGCAUAGUUUAGUUGCUAAAUUGUCAAAGAUGACCCAGAAUAAGAAGAAAAAUAAACUGUCUUCAAAUACCACUAAACAUAAACAAGUAUUAUCACUGUGUAGUGUGCGCUGCAAUCCAAGCAGUCUUAGAAAUCCUGGGUGAGAUUCUGGGCUGCUACUUGGCGGAGUAGCACAGGAUUAGCACACUGCGGGAGGGGGACAAAAGUGGCUUUAAGACAUCCUUUCACCCUUCAGAUUCUGGGCUUUUCUGAGGGCUGGAGAGACUCCUGCUGUAACAUAGAGAGUCUUGAGGAACUGUUUAAGUUAUGUCAGCCUCACCAGGUUGCCCUAUGGGCAGCAGCACUGUCCAAACCUCCAUAGACCUAUGUGCUGUGGCUCCACCCAUGACCUGCCUCCCCAUCCUUGGCACGGGGCCUAUGCCAACGCCUCAGGAGUCCCUGAAGGACAGCCUGCUUCUGUCUUCUUCAGUUCCUGUACCACUGGAAUUCUUUCCCCAUCAAAUCUAGGGCUUUUAGAGCCCCUUUAUGCCAUUCCAGCCCUUUUACCUGGUACCAGAGGGCGAGAGCUGGCAUGGGAAUUUCACCUCUAUUUACUCCUAUGGCCCUCAUCCCUAUAGUAUCCAAUUGUCUCUAUACUAUUGAACUGCUGGAAUUGGAAUUUAGAGUUAUUAAACAAGUUAAAACAAAAUCCCUUUCUUAUUGGGCUCUUUCAUUUAGAUCUAUUACUUUCUGAGUCGAAAGUGUGUGUGUGUGUGUGUGUGUGUGUGUGUGUGUGUGUGUGAUGCAUAUAUAAAAUGCACACACACAAAUACACUCUCACACAACCUCCCACCAUAAGAUUGUAAAACAAGACACAACCACAUUUUAUAAAACAUUUUCAGAUAUAUUUCACAUUCCACAACAUUAAAAAUAUGUGAAAAGUAAUGAAGUUUGCUUGCUGUUUUCUGUGUUAUAUAUCUUGGUUUUGUAAUAUUCCAUUUUUUGCUUUAGGUGAAAAAAAUUGUGGACCAAAUCCUAUUAUCCUUAUCAAACAAGAACUCUCAUUGAAGUCAUUAUAUCGUUUUCUAAGAUGAAUAUUACCUUGUAAUAAAUUUACCUCUCUCUUUAUAUACUGCAGAUGAUGAAAACUGCCACACUGAGUAUAUAGUAUUCCACACUAUAAAAUAUGAGAUGCAGGAAGGAAACCUUGUCUUCCUUGAUAAAAGUCUUGGACAGUUAGAAAAAGUUAAGCUAAACAACCAGAUUCUUAUAUUGCACUAGUUUUGCAGCAGUGUAACUCCAUUUAUUGCUCUGAAGUUACGCCUAACUUAGACCAAUAAAAGUGAGAGGAGAAUCACAUCCAAAGCAUAUAUAUAAACCCUUGAGAAUGGUUAGACAGAAGAGUUUUAUAAUUAAUUAUUAUGGUUCUUCCUGGCCAAAAAAUUUAGAAAAUAUUUUGUAUAAAAAAGUGACAGUGUGCAAUUGAUGCACAUGCA